AUGACUACCUGCAUAAGCGCCAUCGAGGUUAACGAUAUCCGCUUCCCAACCUCGCGCUUCCUGCACGGCUCAGACGCCAUGAAUCCUGAUCCCGACUAUUCCGCCGCUUACUGCACCAUCAGAACAUCAGACGACACGCUCUAUGGAUGUGGACUUACCUUCACCAUUGGACGUGGUACAGAAUUAUGUGUGGCCGCAAUUCAGGCGUUAGCACCCAGAGUUAUCGGCCUUAAACUGGACGACAUCGAAGCAGACCUCGCGGGAUUCUGGAGGUCAAUUGUAGGUGACAGCCAGCUGCGAUGGCUGGGGCCCGAAAAAGGUGUUGUGCAUCUGGCUGCGGCAGCUGUGGUCAACGGAGUCUGGGACUUACUCGCAAAACGCGCGGACAAACCUCUGUGGCGCUACCUGACCGAUAUGUCGCCGGAACAGUUGGUCAGUGCCGUCGACUUUACCAACAUCCGCGAUGUUAUGGACGCUGAUCGAGCACUGGAUAUUCUCAAGCAACAAUUGCCGCAUAAAGAGGCACGUAUCCAAGAACUUGCCAGAAUAGGUCACCCUGCCUACACAACUUCAGCGGGGUGGCUUGGCUAUCCUGAUGAGCAGAUAGAAAAACUCGCACGGCAGGCAGCGGCUGAAGGGUGGCGAGCCAUUAAAAUUAAGGUUGGCCGGGACCUACAGGACGAUAUUCGCCGCUGCGCUCUGAUCAGGAAAAUACUGGGCGACGACCUGCUACUCAUGAUCGAUGCCAAUCAGGUCUGGGAAGUAGACCAGGCCAUUGACUGGGUUAAUACGUUGGCACCCUACAAACCACAUUGGAUCGAAGAACCGAUAAAUCCUGACGACAUCCUCGGCCACGCAAGAAUCAAACAAGCCGUCGCACCGAUAAAAGUUGCCACUGGGGAACACUGCCACAAUCGGAUCAUGUUCAAACAAUUUCUGCAGGCGGACGCCAUCGACUUUGUACAGAUUGACGCUUGCCGCCUGGGCGGAGUCAAUGAAGUACUUGCCGUCCUCCUGAUGGCGGCAGCCUAUGACAAACCCGUCUGCCCACAUGCAGGCGGGGUCGGCCUAUGCGAAUACGUUCAACACCUUUCAUACUUUGACACUAUUGCCAUAUCGGGCGGCAACAACGGACAGAUGAUUGAACAUGCCGGCCAUCUUCACGAGCAUUUCAUUGAUCCAAUCAGGAUCAGCAACGGGCACUACGUAAUGCCGGAGUUGCCUGGCUACAGCGUUGAAAUGCACGCGGAAAGUAUUCGGACAUACGAAUUUCCAAACGGGAGCGACUAUGGCUGGCUGUCACCUGCUGACAAGGUGUUGUACCGCGACUAUCUGCCUCCGGACCUUACACCAAUGCUUACGACACAUCAGAUUGAUGCAAGCAUUGUUGUGCAGGCGGCACCCACUGUUGAUGAGAGCAGAUUUCUCUUAAAACUCGCAGAAGCUUCAAACACCAUAGCGGGCGUAGUGGGUUGGGUUGAUAUGACCUCUGCAGAAGCAGUAAACGACUUGGAAGCGCUUUCAGAACACACCGCUUUUCUAGGCAUAAGGCCGAUGAUUCAAGACAUCGAGGACAGGGAUUGGAUGCUCAGCGAUGUUUUGCACCCAUCUUUUAAGAAGCUGCAAUCUCUGCAACUCACGUUCGAUGCUUUGGUGACGCCGGUUCAUUUGAGUUAUCUGCUUGAGUUAUUGCACCGCUAUCCCGAUAUGAAAACAGUGAUUGAUCAUGGCGCCAAGCCGGAUAUCGCAGCUGGCAACUUUCAGCUCUGGACUAAGGAUAUGAAACUGAUCGCAGAACAGACGAACGCCUACUGCAAGGUAUCCGGCUUGAUUACUGAGGCUGGCCCAAAGUGGUGCGACGAAGAUAUCUAUCCCGUUAUGGACCAGCUCUACAACUGGUUUGGUCCGCGCAGACUGAUCUGGGGCAGCGACUGGCCGGUGCUGAAUCUUGCAGGUAAUUACGAUCGCUGGUGGCGCUGCAUGAGCCAUUGGCUCGAACAAUUUCCACAGGAGGAGAGAAAACCAUCAAUGACAAAGCGAUUACAGGAUAAAACAGCUUUGGUCACAGCGGCGGGACAGGGUAUUGGCCGCGCAACCGCGGCAGCCUUUCAUGCCAACGGCGCCUGCGUCAUCGCAACGGAUAUCAACCCGGAACUGCUUGCAGCGCUGCAGAAUGAAUUUCCGGACAUGCGUUGCGAGCAAAUGGAUGUAACCAGCAGCGUCGACAUUUCCGCAGUUGCCUCGAAAUAUCCGGAUAUCGAUAUAUUGUUCAACUGUGCAGGGUUCGUAGAUCACGGCAGCUUGCUAGAAACAGAAGAAGACGCGCUGUCUCGCUCGUUCGAUCUCAAUGUGAUUUCCAUGUAUCGCACUAUCAAACAAUGGCUACCCAACAUGCUCUCAAAGGGGCGUGGGUCAAUUGUCAAUAUGUCCUCGGUGGCUUCUUCAGUUAGCGGCGUACCUGAUCGAUUUAUCUACGGCACAACCAAGGCAGCCGUGAUUGGCUUAACUAGAUCGAUUGCCGCUGAUUUUGUACAACAUGGUGUGCGCUGCAAUGCAAUUUGCCCCGGUACCGUAGAAACCCCGUCUCUGCAUGAGCGCAUACAGCAAUUCGACGACCCCGAAACUGCUCGUCAAAACUUCAUCAGCAGACAGCCUAUGGGGAGACUCGGUACGCCAGCAGAAAUUGCUGCACUGGCAGUUUACCUCGCCAGCGACGAAGCCAGCUUCACAACAGGCACCACCCACGUCAUCGACGGUGGCGUCAUCGCAGCGGACAAUAGUCUGGUUGAUUUAAGUUCCGUAAUCAGCGACAUCUCUGGCGAAACGCUUUCCGACAACAGCAUCGCAUUGAUAAGCGCACUGGAUCUCAAUAGCUUGCCUCGUUUCGACGAAGGCACUCGUAUUGGGCCCUGCGUGGCUAACGUAGGCAAGUUCAUCUGCAUCGGUCUUAACUAUUCUGACCAUGCCAGAGAAACCGGGGUUGAGCCGCCUGCAGAACCUGUGGUCUUCAUGAAAGCCACCAGCGCAAUUUGUGGGCCCUACGACGACAUCAUUAUUCCUCGAAAUUCGGAAAAAACCGAUUGGGAAGUGGAACUCGGCGUUGUUAUCGGCCUAGAAGCACGCCAUGUGCGACCUGAAUCUGCAUAUCAGCACGUCGCAGGAUAUACGGUCAUCAACGAUCUUUCUGAACGCGCGUUCCAACUGGAGGGAACCGGCCAGUGGGUGAAAGGAAAGAGCGCAGAUACCUUUGGGCCAAUUGGACCGUGGCUGGUAACCCGGGACGAAAUAUCCGACCCGCACAAUCUGGCCAUAUGGUUAGACGUGGACGGCCAUAGAUAUCAGGACGGUUCAACCAACACCAUGAUUUUUCAGGUGCCCUAUCUCAUCAGCUAUCUAUCACAAUUCAUGAGUCUGCAACCUGGUGACAUUAUUUCAACCGGUACACCGCCAGGCGUUGGGCUGGGUCAGAAACCCGAGCCGAUUUACCUGAAACCUGCUCAAACAAUUCGCUUGGGCAUUGAAUCUCUCGGCACCCAGGAACAGCGAACCGUUUUGGACGUAGAUGUUUAUCACACCAAUGCAGCAAAAUUCUGCCCGGAACCAAACUCUCCGGAAAAAUGGGUCUCCGCUGCAGCAGCGGCUGGCGCACGCUAUGCGAUAUUGACAACCAGACAUCACGACGGCUUCAGCAUGUGGCCAACAUCCUGCUCAGACUACUCCAUUCGUAUGGGUGGGUAUCAGGGCGACCCUGUUGGGGAGUUUGUCGAAGCGUGUCGAAAAUACAACAUGCGCGUGGGGUUCUACUAUUCUCUGCCAGACUGGAAACAUCCAGACUAUCCAGCAUUCACAGAAGCGCAUAAACCUUAUAAAUUUGGUCAAUAUCCCGCGGCGACCAACGAGCAAUGGCAGCGAUACAUCAUCUACCUGAAAACACAGCUAACGGAACUGCUAAGCAACUAUGGUGAAAUUGAUAUCAUCUGGUUUGAUGGCGGCUGGGAACACAGCCAGGAAGACUGGCAUUGCGGCGAACUUGAGCAGUUGAUUCACGAUUUACAGCCGAACAUCCUUAUCAACGAUCGGCUACCCGGAUACGGCGACUAUGCAACCCCGGAGCAGUUUAUCCCACCCACACCACCUGAAGGUGAAUGGGAAACCUGCCUAACGAUGAACGAUAGCUGGGGAUUUAACUGCGAAGACACUAACUACAAAUCGUCCACCGACUUGAUUCAAACCCUGUGCGAAGUGCGAGGGCGUGGCGGAAACCUGCUGCUGAACGUAGGCCCGGACGGCCAGGGGGUUAGAACAGCCCUGUUCAACGAGUUACUUUCCACUGUGCCCGACGGUGUUGAUAUCGAGCAAUUUGCCGCGGAUGCUGAUCUUGCUCGCAGAGAAGGUUGCAUCGCCCACGAGAGUGAUUUCGUUGAUGGCGUGGUAGAUAUCGGCGCACCUAUUUUUGAUGCCACACACCCGGGCGCUAUCGCCAGCCUUACCGUGCCGUUCAUGAAACUCAAAAAUUCGAUGAUCAACAUUGAAGCUGCCAUCGAAAAGACCUUGCAGGAACUGCGACGUGCUUACGAUCAAGUUCUAACUAGUAGCGACAAUGGCGAGGCCAGCGAUCGGUACCUCGGCGGUAAAACGCGCCAGAUUGUGUUCCCGGAGAAGGCCCAUCCACUUUUUGCAGCUAACAAGGCACUUGAAACGGGUAAGCAAAUAGCCGCUCGUUUAAGAGACUGGGAGGAACCUGCUUUUUUCUACUCUCAGUUGCUAUACAAACCACCCGGCCACCCGCACGAAACACCCUGGCAUCAGGAUGAUGCCUACGGGGCCAUGCCGUUUACACCUGCAGGCACACCGUUAGGGCACGCGAGCUUGCAAUUCUGGUUAGCCAUCGAUGAUGCCGACGAAGACAAUGGGUGUAUGCACUUUCACCCAUCACCAAAGCACGACACUCUUCUUCCGCAUUGCGUCACGGAUGGCGAUCCGGAAGAUGAAAAUCGCCUGCUGGGUUUGAUUGAUCCAGGAUUGCAUAUCGAUAACAGUAAGGUCGUCCCCUGUCCGAUCAAAGCGGGCGGCGCGACGAUACACGAUUCUGGGACACUGCACUUCACAACUGCCAAUCACUCGGAUCGACCACGACGAGCCUAUAUUUUCAAUUUUGCAGACCCAGACAUGGUCAAACGUUAUAAAGCCUCAACCAGCUGA